UUCUUUGAACCUAAACCGUGCAACCAACUGAACAAAUUCAUUGGUGAGUCGAGCAAAUAUGCAUUCCUGACAACAAAAAAGGAGAGCCCAUGAUUGAAAUGGGUUGAUAUGAAUAGCAUGACAUGAUUUCCUCCGGCUCAUCAUGUAACAUAACUUGGCCUGCAUGGGUAAGAAGAAGUAACCUUGAUCUUCCUUUCCUAUACCUACAUCUUGAAAGAUAUUAUCGAAUUGAUUUCAAAUUGAAAAGAGCUGAAAAUCGACCACCAUGGUGAUAAAGGCCGUCUUGGUCACGGAGCGCCUUCUGGCCCUGGUGUUUGUCUGUUUUGAGAAUCUAAUACACGGAGGUAUCAUCUUUGGCUGGCCCUCACUUGUCUUCGUCUACAUACAACUUGGAUAUUUCAGCGACCUAUGCUACGGCAGCAGCGAAAACUCAACAUCUUCAACAGAGAUCAUCGGUACUACCGCUGUUUAUAACCGUAGCCGUGAUACAGACAUCGUGGAGUCUUGCCCAGAGCAGGAGAGUCGUAUUCAACUUGUCUUCUCGGUGGCCGUGGCAGUUCAGGCUGCGUGCAUGUUCCCCGUUGGUUUUCUAUUUGAUCACUACGGUACCAGAUUGUCACGUCUGGUCAUGAGUAUCCUGAUGCUUGUUGGCUACAUCUUGAUGGCAUUCAGUUCCCCGACGUACUCAAUUCUUGUUUUUCCUGGAACUAUCUGUUUUACAAUUGGAGGUGUCAUCAUGCUAUUCUCUUCUAUGCAGCAGAUUGGGAACCUGUUCGAAGGUCAGAAAUCUACUAUUAUUACCCUAAUCAACGCUAUGUAUGGUGGAUCUGUCAUUAUGUUCUUCGUUGCAAAGAUUGUGCAUGAUGCUGGGUUUUCUAUCAAUCUCCUCUUCUUCAUCAUGGCCGGAUCGGUGGUCCUCCUCAACAUCAAUACAUUCCUUAUUCUCCCUACUAAGUACAUCCCCUGGCCACUUCCAGACGGCUAUAGACUCAUCACAUGUGGGACACCCAGGAAUUCUCCAAAGGCAACGGAAAAGAGUGCUUACGAUAACCAGGGGUACAUCGAGGACCCAUUCAGCGAAGGGGUGGAUGGAAAUGGGUACAACAGACAGACUAGUGAGCUAUCGGCACGCAGAGAAAGGUUUAAACGAAGUCGAAAAACGAGCCAGCUGUCUCUUUCCAUGGACACGAGAAGCGAAACGAAUGAAGAUGGCGUUUGCGAGACUGAAGAACGGAAGGAGAAAGAGUUUGGUAGCCUUUGCUCAUGUCUCUUGUCAGUGCCAUUUUUUCUACUGCUUUUUUGGCAAGCAUUCCUGGAGACGGGUGUUCUCUUUACCUUUGGAACACUCAACUUUUUCUUAACAAGAUUGUCCAAUGGCGAUGAAGAUCUCGUGAGUUGGUAUAUAAACGUCUUCGCAAUCACACAAUUCUUCAUCUUAAUCGUUGGUCCUCUUGGUGGCCUUCUCAUGGACAGAAACACCAUCUCUUGUUCUAAAAGAGAAAAACAAAAAAGAAGAGGUCCUUAUGCAGAGAUGCGAGAUAGCUGUCUUCCUCUGGCUAUAACAACCCUGGCAUCCAUUGGUUACUCAAUAUGCCUUUUGAUUCCAAGCCUUCAACUCCAGUAUCUCACUUUUAUCUUUAUUCUGGUGAUGAAGUCUUUACUCUUUGGAGUUGGGUCAGCGGUUGUGGCGGUAGUAUUUCCAAUGAAGUAUUUCACGAGUGUAUACGGCGCCAUGCGAACCAUGAGUGGAUUCUUCACCUUCCUUCAAUACCCAAUCUUCAUCUUACUACAAAGAUACCUCGAUGAUGACCCUUUCUGGGUGACCAUUGCAUUUAUUGUUGCUGACGUUUGCACGUUCACCCUACCCGCCGCUCUUUACGUCAUUAGCAAACGGAAAGAGUAGACUGAAAUAAUUGCAGUAGAGUGGUACCACAGCCAUCAUCGAUGGAGUUCAUUUAUUGGACCUGAUGGGGCUUCGUCUUACUAAAAGUCUUGCUUAAGUACCAACACACUCAGUAUUUGAAAAUGCAAUCAAUCUCAUUGAUAGAAUUGCGAUAGAGCGCGUCCCACACGAGUGUGAUCUUACCAGGUACCUACAAAUAAAUGGACAUUCAUCGGUCAAUCCAUUAAUUUUAUCUACUUUGAUUCUACGAUGGUCACCGUCAAUAAGGCAAUGGGUUGAAAACAGCAGUCCGUAAUUUUUGUAUGCCCAGGAGAUAAUAGAUCACGUAAAUACAGGAAAAUAGAUGUGCAGUUCUAGUUUACUAUUAUUAUUGGCAUGUUAGAUUAAUUGAUUUUCAUGUAAAUAAUUUUCAAAGAGGCAAUAUCUUCCUGCAAAAUCAAUAUAUCUUUUCUCAUCUGCCUUUGUACCAGAGUUACUAAUUUAUGACCCUAAUGAACGAAAAGUUCUGAUUGAGCAUGCUGGUAAUGCAUUCAAAUCCUUAUUAUUUUUUCCAUGUGUAUCUCCGUCAGGAGCCUGGGGAAAAUUACACAUCAGUAAUCUUCAGCCAAGCAAUUCGAAUCACACUUGUCAUAUAGGAAGUGUUACUUUUUAAUUUAAAUUUAUGCAAUGGGGAGUAGAGCCGCAUCUGAGCCAUGUCACUAUAGCAUUCAACACACCAUUCAAAUUUACAUUGUUCAGUUUCACAAACUUUAUCUCAGAAAAUUUCGAGCUCAUUAUCAACAGUGCAUUUGUCAAAAAUUCAUGUAAACAUAAAGUGAAGAUACUUUAUGACUUAAUCCCAAAAUUGAAAUGUUUGUGUAAUGAAUUGAUAAGCUAGGGAGCAUUUAAUCUGUAUAUUCCAUUCAAAUGUAUAUAAAUAAUAGGAUUGUCUUCCUAUCUGGACCAUCUAGAGCGAGAAACGUGAUGUGAUUUGUGUGUUUGUCAGCGAGAAUUGUAGUGUGAAAUCAUGCUACUGAGGAUGAGGAUGACGGUGUUUGCGGCUGUAGUCGUGGGUGAGGGCAGUUGUGUGGGUGUGGGGUAAGGUGCGCGUCAGUGUUAUUCUUAUUCAGGGGGCAUUCGGACUCGAAGCUUUCAUGUCCAAAGUGUGAUCUAUAAAUUAGUUAUACGGUUCAAUCAUU